UAUCCUUUGCAUUAUUCAUUUCACAACAUACUGUGUUGCUGAUGAGUACACGUGCAAUGAUGAAAGUUUUAAUCUUCUGGGCAGUGUUAUUGGCAGCUACUAUCUUUAAGGGUUACACAUCGGCAUCUCUUAUACGGAAACACUCGCCAAGUGUGUUUCGUAUCGAAUCUAUCAAAAAGGCACUUCCUCUUUACGCGGGUGGUGCCGACUUCAUUGUCACAGCUGUAAUCAAGAUAAUAGCAGAACCUGGAGAAACCUUCAAUGGCAGAAUUUUGUUUUUUCCAUUAGCUGAAAACCUGGUGGCCAGACCAUUUGAGAAACAAGCAGGGAGCGAUAACCUUUACCAUGCCUCUGUGCAAGUUUUCAACAGUUCUUCUAUCCAAGACGUUGGACUUGAUUUAGUUUAUGGAAACGAAUCGCUGUUAUUUUCGAUUAAAUUGGAUUACCUCCCUUUGAAUAUCAACACUAAGCCAACGACCUUUGAUACCUCGGUCAGCUACAUGAUUUAUAGUUACCUCGUUCCUAAAGGAAUACGAUACGCCAUUGACAUCAAACCAAAAAUCCGCGCAUUUCGUGCGUUCAGUCUCUUGUCUUUGAAAAUGGAGAGAGAUUUCGGUGCUGGAAUGAGAAAAGUACAAGAUACAUCUCCCUACAGUUCAGGUGAGGUUUUUGAUAGGUACGCCUCCAUUGAUUUCGAUCAAAAGGCGAUGAACGCAGACCUAGUGGUCAUCAAGAAACUUGAAUAUUCACUGAUGACGUGGCCGAUGAUGCAAAAUGCUUCCGGGAGUGCAUCUGCUCAAUCAAAAUACCGAAUUAUAUAAAGAGUAUGGAGUUUUUUUGUAUCAACAUUAAGCAUUUUGUAUUAAAGUUGCAUGAUUUGAA